GAACCAAAUCCACUUCCAAAAGAAGGGUCCUCAAGACAAAAUACAUUUCUUCUCAUAACAAGACAAAUAGUAGAUAACAAUGGAACGUAAAAGCUUGUAGAAGGAAACAGCGUCAAGAAACUGAAUUUUGGUUGUCCAUAUCAUACACAACUAACGGGAUUAACUCAACAUAAGACUGCAAUUUCAGACAUCUCUUGUAAGGAAGCCAAUUUAUAUGUUCUAUAAAUACAUGACAGCUCUUUAAGGACUAGUGUGCCAAAAAUACACAUAUCCUACAUUAUAUACUCUCUAGUCUUUACUUCCUCCUCCACCAAGAAGAAUGGCUUCAAUUCUUGAAAACAAACUGGUUUUUGUGACAGUGUUGGUGCUGGGGCUCUUUGCAUCUCAAGCCUUUGCACGUCCUCUACAAAAUGAAACCAUGAAGGAGAGGCAUGAAAUGUGGAUGGCUAAAUAUGGACGUGUUUAUAAAGACAGUGCAGAGAAGGAGAAACGCUUUAACAUAUUCAAGAAUAAUGUGGAGUUCAUUGAAUCUUUUAAUAAGGAUGGGAAUAAGCUUUACAAGCUAGAUAUCAAUGGAUUUGCAGACUUAAGUAAUGAAGAGUUUAAGGCCUCUAGAAAUGGAUAUAAAAGAUCUUCUAUUGCUAAGUCAUCUGAGACGCUGUCGUUUAAGUAUGAAAAUGUCACCGCUGUCCCAACUUCCAUGGACUGGAGGAACAUCAUACACAAAGGAGUCGUUACACCCAUCAAAGACCAAGGUCAAUGUGGAUGUUGUUGGGCAUUCUCUGCGGUGGCAGCUAUGGAAGGGAUCACAAAACUCUCAACUGAGAAAUUGAUCUCCCUUUCUGAGCAAGAAUUGAUUGACUGUGAUACAAGUGGAAUAGACCAAGGCUGUGAGGGUGGUCUUAUGGAUGAUGCCUUUGAAUUCAUUAUUCAAAAUAAUGGCCUUACGACUGAAGCAAAUUAUCCUUACCAGGCAGAGGAUGGAACUUGCAACACCGAGAAAGCAGCAAAUCAUGCUGCCACAAUCACAAGUUAUGAAGAUGUGCCAGAAAACAAUGAGGAGGCCUUACGCAUGGCAGUGGCAAACCAACCAGUUUCUGUUGCCAUUGAUGCUGGUGAAUCUGCCUUCCAACACUACUCGAGUGGAAUAUUUACUGGAGAUUGUGGAACUGAAUUAGACCACGGUGUCACUGUAGUCGGUUAUGGGACAAGUGAUGAUGGGACUAAGUAUUGGUUAGUAAAGAACUCAUGGGGAACCAGCUGGGGUGAGGAUGGAUACAUUAGAAUGCAAAGAGACAUUGAUGCUAAAGAAGGCCUAUGUGGAAUUGCCAUGCAGCCUUCCUAUCCAACUGCAUAAAUGAUGGAUGAAUCUUUCUAUUAAAAGAAAUAGACAAAAAAGAAAAGAAAAGAAAAGAAAAGGAAUGAUGGGUGAACCUUCAUCUAGGAUUCCCCUUUGCUGUGUAUGUUUUUAGUUAGCUCCAUUUCUGUGGACUUUGUACUACAAUUUAUCUAGAUAUGAAGGUUUUAGUUUGAUUUGGAAAUGGAAUCAUGGAAUGGAUGUUGGUAACUUCUUUGCUAUUAUACAUCAAAGCACCAAACAGUAACACAAAAUAAUAAAAUCUGAAAUUUUGAUAUGUUGCUUGGUUUGCUGUGCAGGCAGCAUCCCCCAUCUCGGCGCUUUAUAAUAAUAUGGCCUCGACUAAUAGUUUACCAAAUACAACCUAUGAAAAGGCCUAAGAUCCUACUUUACAGGAAGAUUGCCUAAGCUUUGCAUCUUCAUUCUUCACUUCUACUUAAAAAAAAAAAAAAAUGCAUCGUAAGAAGAGUUCCUAAAUGGAUGAUGUUCUCAGAAUUAUCCAAGAAUAUCUUGUCCUAACUGCAGGCGA